AUGCGCUUAAUUAGUUACCUGAAUGAAAGAGGACUCUUUCAUAAGUUGACUUCGCCUGGGCGUCAUCUUUCCUUUCAUUCACUAGUGGAGUACUUCCUCCUGUCAGAUAGAAGCUUUUCAAAGGGUGCUUCGCUUCCAGCUCUUCUUGUUCGAUACCGCUUCCCGUCCUUGUCAAUAUCAUCUCUUACCGCUCUUAUGGAUCAAUCGGUCAACUGUAGGAAACUGGCCAAUUGCUGUUGGUAUCGGUACAACCACGAAUCUCUUGUUUUCUGUGUUUACAGCUGGCCUUACUUAAAUAGGAGUUCCUGCUUCUAG